UGUUUCUUCCCAAAGGUCAUAACACCUAUAUUAAGAGACCCAAGGGAGAUCGUUCAAUCCAUCGCAAAUCCGCUUGUAUCCUUAGAGAAUCCAACGACAUCAUGGCUUCAUCAUCUUCGUCAUCAAAGUUUGGUUUCUCCUCAACCGCAUCUACUGUUACCCCAUACAAUUAUGGGAUAGAACCUCUAAAUGGCACAAACUUUUCAACAUGGAGAGAAUCUAUAAAACUCUCACUUGGCAUGAUGGAUCUCGACCAAGCACUGAGAAUGGAUCCACCAGGUGCUCCUAAUGAUGAAAGCACUGUGGAACAGAAGCGUUCUUAUGAACAGUGGGAGAGGUCCAACCGAAUGUGCCUCAUGGUGAUUAAGAAUUCCAUAUCUGUAGCCAUUCGCGGAGCCAUUCCUGACUCUGAAAAUGCGAAGACCUACCUAGAAUAUGUGGAAGAACAAUUUAAGGGCACUUCUAAAGCACAUGCCAGUACCCUAAUUCUCAAAAUGUUGACGAGUAAGUAUGAUGGAGUAAGUGGUAUUCGUGAGCACAUCAUGAAAAUGUCUGAUAUGUCUAACAAGCUCAAAAGUAUGGACAUGGAGAUCAGUGAAGGUUUCCUCGUUCAUUUCAUAAUGACUUCUCUACCUGCGUCUUAUGGUCCAUUCAAGAUCAAUUACAACACGCAGAAAGAGAAGUGGACAAUGAGCGAGUUGAUUGCUAUGUGUGUUCAAGAAGAAGAGCGCCUUAAAGCUGAAAGACCAG